GGAGGGGGCGGCGGCCGCGGGCGGGUACCCUUCGACUGGGCGUUGCCGCUGUUCCCUGCGCGGCAUGGAGGGGACGGCCGUGGCCGUGUUCGAGGUGAUGCUGGGAAGGGAGAGAAAGCGGAGGACACUUUCUGAGGAGACGGGCUUUGUGAGGAGACCGCGAAGUUUGGGCAGAGGGGUCGGGCGUCGCCUAAGAUUUUGAGAUUUUUAAUAAUUCACUGGAAGUGUGACAUAGAUGUAUCAAAGGGAGCAUUGCUAGAAGGGCAGCUAGUGAUUUCCAUAGAAGGAUUAAAUUCUAAGCACCAGGCAAAUGCUCUUCAUUGUGUAACAACUAAUGGAGUCUCGCUCUGUUACCCAGGCCGGAGUGCAGUGGCGCAGUCUCGGCUCACUGCAACCUCCACCUCCCAGGUUCAAGCGAUUCUCGUGCCUCAGUCCGCCGAGUAGCUGGGAUUACAGAUGCCCACCACCAUGCCUGGCUAAUUAUGGUUGCUUCUGCAGGAAGCCUUUUUGGUGGCAUGGUCCUCAAGAAGUUCCUAAAAGAAAUACAGUCCAUACUGCCCGGAAUCUCUGCAAAGCUGACUUGGACUUCAGAGGAAGGCAGCUAUUCUCAGGAUAUGACAGGGGUAACACCCUUCCAGAUGAUUUUUGAGGUUGAUGAAAAGCCCAGAACCUUGAUGACAGAUUGUCUGGUUAUAAAGCAUUUUUUACGUAAAAUCAUCAUGGUGCACCCUAAGGUCAGAUUUCAUUUCAGUGUAAAGGUAAAUGGAAUCCUCUCCACAGAGAUCUUUGGGGUGGAGAAUGAACCCACUUUGAACCUUGGGAAUGGAAUUGCUCUUGUGGUCGACUCCCAGCAUUAUGUGAGUAGACCAAAUUUUGGUACAAUUGAAUCACACUGCAGCAGAAUUCACCCUGUGCUAGGACAUCCAGUAAUGCUUUUCAUCCCUGAAGACGUGGCUGGCAUGGACUUCUUGGGAGAACUGAUACUGACUCCAGCAGCUGCACUGUGCCCCAGCCCAAAGGUUUCUUCCAACAAGCUUAACAGGAUUUCUUCAGUUUCCAUAUUUCUAUAUGGACCUUUGGGUCUGCCUCUGAUAUUGUCAACUUGGGAGCAGCCGAUGACUACUUUCUUCAAAGAUACCUCUUCUUUAAUUGACUGGAAAAAAUACCAUUUGUGUAUGAUACCCAAUUUGGAUCUCAAUUUGGAUAGAGAUUUGGUGCUUCCAGAUGUGAGUUAUCAGGUGGAAUCCAGUGAGGGGGAUCAGUCUCAGAAUAUGGAUCCUCAAGGACAAACUCUGCUGCUUUUUCUCUUUGUGGAUUUCCACAGUGCAUUUCCAGUCCAGCAAAUGGAAAUCUGGGGAGUCUGUACGUUGCUCACAACUCAUCUCAAUGCCAUCCUUGUGGAGAGCCACAGUGUAGUGCAAGGUUCCAUCCAAUUCACUGUGGACAAGGUCUUGGAGCAACAUCACCAGGCUGCCAAGGCUCAGCAGAAACUACAGGCCUCACUCUCAGUGGCUGUGAACUCCAUCAUGAGUAUUCUGACUGGAAGCACUAGGAGCAGCUUCCGAAAGAUGUGUCUCCAGACCCUUCAAGCAGCUGACACACAAGAGUUCGGGACCAAACUGCACAAAGUAUUUCGUGAGAUCACCCAGCACCAAUUUCUUCACCACUGCUCAUGUGAGGUGAAGCAGCAGCUAACCCUAGAAAAAAAGGACUCAGCCCAGGGCACUGAGGACGCACCUGAUAAAAGCAGCCUGGAGCUCCUAGCAGAUACCAGCGGGCAAGCAGAAAACAAGAGGCUCAAGAGGGGCAGCCCCCGCAUGGAGGAGAUGCGAGCUCUGCGCUCCGCCAGGGCCCCGAGCCCGUCAGAGGCCGCCCCGCGCCGCCCGGAGGCCACCGCGGCCCCCCUCACUCCUAGAGGAAGGGAGGAACGCGAGGCUCACGGCAGGGCCCUGGCGCCGGGCAGGGCGAGCCUCGGGAGCCCCCUGGAGGACGUGCUGUGGCUGCAGGAGGUCUCCAACCUGUCAGAGUGGCUGAGUCCCAGCCCUGGGCCCUGAGCCGGGUGCCCUUCCGCAAGCGCCCACCGAUCCGGAGGCUGCGGGCAGCCGUUAUCCCGUGGUUUAAUAAAGCUGCCCCGCGCUCACCAAGUCCUCUUCCGCGUCUGCUUCCGCGUCGGGCCCGGGCGGG